AUGACGACGUCAACCGAAUCUGGCCUAGCCAGGCGACUCUCCCAGACCGUUUCCCCCCCGGCUCGUGCCUUCAAGCUUCUUGCUGGAUUGAUUCACCUCGGACUUUGCCCCCGCUUGCUACAGCUCCCCUUCCAUGCCGACGUCUAUUCUGCUGCGCCUGUGCCCUGUGGUCAUGCCCGCUUCCUAAGCCCACCAGCAAACCCCCCUCAUACGCUCUCGCCUGCGCGACACCCGGAAGAAUAUCUUCUCAUACCUGUUGGGGACCCGGUUCCUGUGUGGAAGCAGACCUCGUCGCGGGCAGCUAGCUGUUUGGCGCAUUGCUGGACCGUAAUCAAUUCAGCCCGAUUUUCACCUCUUCGUCUCGUUUUUCGGCCGCCACCCUCGGUCUGCGGGGAUAACACUCGACUGGGUUUCCCUUCCUCGCCUCUCCUCCGCUACAAGUCUCCCUCGCAUAUUGUUGAAAAAUCGUAUAUGGAGGUCGCAGAAGGCAGAGAGUCCGCUCCCAUGGGGUCGUCCACAGGUGCGGGUGCUACGAUUGCCAAUGGCAGUCAUCACGAUAUUCUGCUGGACGAUUCCUUAUUGGAUGAUGGACGAUCUAGCAGUCUUAGCGAAAUCGACGACGUCUCGGAUGAUGAGCCGUCGGAUUACGAGCCUGUGCAGCUAGACAAGCCAACCUCAGAACCACCCGAAAAUGACUCGGAAGCCGAGACUGAACGAAUCGAAGACUCCCCAAAUAAGCUUCGGCCGAGAAAAGACAUCAUUGUGAGCGCCGGUGGCUACGGCGCUAGCCCAAGCAAACUGGCACAGUCUACCACCUAUGACGAUGUCGAUGAGGACGACGAACAGGCUGUAGAUGACUCGCCGAGCAAACUUCGCCGGUCAUCGAAGAACGAUGACGUGGUGGAGUCUACUGAAGACCCGCACGAUGAUUCAAAUCUUUCCGAGCUUCUUCGCAAGAAGCGCAAGCGACUGGAGCCGGGAGAAGAUACCGAAACCGAUCCGGAUGAAGAAGAACCCCUGAAGAAGCGUCGUGCCUCGGUGAAGAGUGACCUGAGUGAGCCUCUCGCCGAUUUGGAUGAAAUACCUCUCUCCCCGGACCCGGCCGAAACCCUAUCCAAAGUGAAUGAGGGCGAAACACCAGUGGAGGAUACAAUGGAAGAUGAACUGCCGGUGGUGGCCCCCAAAAGCAAAAAGGCCAAGAAGGGGAAACGAAAAGCAAGGAGAGUUCGCGAUCUAGAUGAGGACUCGGAACUGGGUGCGUCGGGCGAGGCUGCCACUGAGGGCGGCGUCGAUGACCAGCUGCUCGACGAAGAUGACGCAGCCGAGCGCGGUGAAGAGGUCGACGAUGCGGAAGCCCUUGCGAAGUUGGAAGAAGAAUUCUCGCAGCAGCACUCUGCCUUAUCACGCGGGGCCGUAUCGGGCAUGCCGACCAACCUGGGUCGUCCUACGGCGGAAGAAGAAUUCUUAGAGCACACGCCCUGGGCGAAUCCCCAGCAUCCGAUCCAUCAGCAACAAGCGCAAGGGCGGAUGCAGCAGCGCGGAUUUGAGCAUUCCCAAGCUCCUCCCUUCACCACCCCCGCGGCGCAGAAACGGGUUGUCGAUAUUAACGCUCCAAAUGGAUCCGCCUCCACUAUUCCCGAAAACCUCUCAGCCGCCAAUUCUUCAGCCGCAAACACGCCGUAUGGGACGGAGCAGGAGCCACAGCGCCAACAGCCUCAUGGGCCAUUUGGAAAUACCGGCGCCGAAUAUGAGACUGAAAGGAAGUCCGGGUUUCGGUCGCUGAGUUCCUCCCCACUGGACGUGCGGAAACCCCACCUCCACGGCGGGAUCCAUGCUCCGGAACGCAAUAAGUUUGUUGGUACUCAUGAGAUGAGGGCCGACCACCCCUCUCGACACCCAAUCUACUCCCCUCCGCCAGCAAACAGACUUGGGCUCUUCCACUCGGCCGUGUCCAAACGGGACUCGUCACCACCCUUGCCUCCGCCUGCAGGCCGGGUCAGCGGUCUCCAUGCUUCAGCAGGCAUUCCGUCAGGCUCAGGGCCAGCGCGAUAA